GAAGGUCCUCGCCGGACGUCCAGUGCGCGAUAAGGAGGCGGCCGCGCGACCUAGGACCCAGUCGGCGAGCCCGCUCGAGGUUCCUUCCCCGGCCAGCAGACAGCGUGUUCUUGUCAACCAACAAGGCGUUGUUUUCACUGGCCAGUCGGCCUGGACCACAGCGUAGUCGUCCGGGUGAACAUUCACUGGAAGAAACGUCGUGUCAGUCUUCCGCUUGGAGCGCUGGUGUCCAAAAGAACUGAUGGGCUGAGCUUCUUUGGGAGAAGACAGUUUCACCAGGUUUUGCUGUACCUGCAGUUGUAAGGUCGCUAUUCGUUCGCAACACUGGAUCGUACGGCUCUGCCCUUAGAUCAUCACUGUUCGUGACGACGCGGUGUUCAGCCGUGCAGUCCUUGAUUUUAAAAUGCACCUGCGAUGGCAUUUGGUGUUCACGCCCUCGUGAGUUGAACGCCGAAGAUGGAAAGCUACGAGGACUACGGCGAGGACAACAGCUCGGCGAGCUACGACGACAACGACACGCGCUACGGGGGCUGCUCGGAGGGCCUCCCGCCCCUGUACGCGAGCGUGCUGGGCAUCGCGCUCGCCGUGCCCGACUGGGAGGCGGCUCUCACCACGCUCACGCUCGUCCUCAUCAUCCUGCUCACCGUCGUCGGCAACGUGCUCGUCAUCCUCAGCGUGUUCACCUACCGGCCGCUGCGCAUCGUCCAGAACUUCUUCAUCGUGUCGCUGGCCGUGGCCGACCUCACGGUCGCCAUCCUAGUCAUGCCGCUCAACGUCGCCUACUCCAUCGUCGGCCGCUGGGUGUUCGGCAUCCACGUGUGCAAGAUGUGGCUCACCUGCGACGUGCUCUGCUGCACCGCGUCCAUCCUCAACCUGUGCGCCAUCGCGCUGGACCGCUACUGGGCCAUCACCGACCCCAUCAACUACGCGCAGAAGCGCACCCUCAAGAGGGUCCUCCUCAUGAUCCUCGGCGUGUGGCUGCUGUCGGGCGUCAUCAGCUCCCCGCCGCUGGCCGGCUGGAACGACUGGCCCGAGCAGUUCCAGAACGACACCCCCUGCCAGCUGACCCAGCAGCAGGGCUACGUCAUCUACUCCUCGCUGGGCUCCUUCUACAUCCCGCUCUUCAUCAUGACCAUCGUGUACGUGGAGAUCUUCAUCGCGACGAAGCGGCGCCUGCGAGAGCGCGCCAGGGCUUCCAAGCUGAACACGACGAGCCUGGGGCAGGCGGCGGCGCCGGCCAAGGGCGGCGACAGACAGGACCAGGAGUCCGUGAGCAGCGAGACCAACCACAACGAGCACCCGCGCCUGGAGGGCGCCGCCAAGGUGAAGGAGAAGAAGAAGAAGGGCAAGCGGCGGAAGAAGGAGAAGACCUCGGCGGCGGGCAACGGCGUCGACGGGAAGGACAAGUGCCUGAGGCCGAUCCUCGUGACCGAGGACUCGCUGACGGACAACAACGACGCGGCCGAGUGCCGCAACUCGCUGCCGGCGGACCACAGCAACCCCGUGCCGUGCCCGAAGGUGGUGGAGGCGUCGGUGACGACGCGGCGCGCUGUGCCCGCCAGCCAGUUCAUCGAGGAGAAGCAGCGCAUCUCCUUGUCCAAGGAGCGCCGCGCCGCGAGAACUCUCGGCAUCAUAAUGGGGGUGUUCGUGGUGUGCUGGCUGCCCUUCUUCCUCAUGUACGUCAUCAUCCCCUUCUGCCCCAAGUGCUGUCCCUCCGACAAGCUCAUCAACUUCAUCACGUGGCUCGGGUACAUCAACUCCACCCUCAACCCCAUCAUUUACACCAUCUUCAACCUGGACUUCCGGAGGGCUUUCAAGCAGCUGCUGCAUUUUAGGCCGUGAUCGCCCUAAACACUCUCCAACACUGUGUCUCAGGAUCGUGUUGUUCUUUGUGGUCCAACAUAUUAUUCAUCAAAUCAAUAAAAAUAAAUCAUCUUUGUCACUGAAAAACAAACUAAAGUGAUGAAAAUGUUUACAUCUAUUCUGUGACAGAGAUCCAGCUAUUUCAAAGGUUGUUGCAAAGUGGAUUUUCCAUUUUCUUCUUUAUAAUCGUGAUCACGUAAAACUAUCUGUUGUCAGCUUGUUACCAAAAAUAACUCUUGUGAUAAAUAUAAUGUGUUGACAAAUGCCAAUUUGUAGCAAUAUUGUUCACCAUAAUUGUCAAAUUUGGGAAUAAACAUCAAAUAGAGUUAUGGACUAUUAGAACAGAAACACGAUAGUAAUUAUGACUCGCAUUGGAAUCUAAAAACAUUUCUCUUUUUUUCUGAGCGUAAAAAUUUUUAUCUUUGAUAAGUCGUUUAUUAUAAAAAAAAAUAAAAAAAAAGGGCCGAGUGUAAUCACUCUUACGCGUGUACAGUGUAAAAUACAUAUAAGUCAUUGUUUCAAUUCUCUUUCAACUCUAUAUAUAGAAACUACUUCAUCAAAUCUGCUCUUUAAUACUCUUAAAUAUAAAAGACUGUAAAGAGUGAUAAUAUUCAAAACAUUUUGCUCAAAAAUUAAAUUCCUAAGUUUUUAUGUCAUGCGUACGUUCAAGAAACAUAUACAAAGUGUACAUAUUAGGAACGUUAUUUUGACUACAGCUGUGUAAACGUGUUAUUGUGGAUGAACGUGAGCACCAAUCGGAGUGAAUUUACUUGUUAUGUAUCACAUGUUAGCUUCAUAAAUUGUGUUUUUCGGAGAGCAUUGUAUUGAGGAGAAAGUGCGAUGUGACUUGGAAGACAGUUGUAUUUCCCCCGCAGCGUCCGAAGCGGGGUGAAAGGAAGAAGUGGUCGCAGAUAACUGCCCUACUGGACGAGACGAGCACCUCCCACACAUCACUCACCUGUACCGUCUUGGUGCACCUUCCCUCCGAGUCCACGUCCACAUACACUCCUAGACGGAACGAUCUCCAGCCACACGUCACUCAACUGUACCGUCUUGGUGCACCUUCCCUCCGAGUCCACGUCCACAUACACUCCUAGACGGAACGAUCUCCAGCCACACGUCACUCAACUGUACCGUCUUGGUGCACCUUCCCUCCGAGUCCACGUCCACAUACACUCCUAGACGGAACGAUCUCCAGCCACACAUCACUCAACUGUACCGUCUUAGUGCACCUUCCCUCCGAGUCCACGUCCACAUACACUCCUAGACGGAACGAUCUCCAGCCACACAUCACUCAACUGUACCGUCUUAGUGCACCUUCCCUCCGAGUCCACGUCCACAUACACUCCUAGACGGAACGAUCUCCAGCCACACAUCACUCACCUGUACCGUCUUGGUGCACCUUCCCUCCGAGUCCACGUCCACAUACACUCCUAGACGGGACGAGCUCCAGUCACACGUCACUCACCUGUACCGUUUUGGUGCACCUUCCCUCCGAGUCCACGUCCACAUACACUCCUAUACGGGACGAGCUCCAGUCACAGGUCACUCACCUGUACCGUCUUGGUGCACCUUUCCUCCGAGUCCACGUCCGGGCUACGACGACCGCCAGCGAGAGCCAUGUGAAAGUUGCCCUUCAGUCUGUCCUGAGCCCGAUGACUGAGCGGCCGCCCUCACAUGGUGCCACUAGUUCCUGGCUGGCUGGCUGACUGACGUUUCCUUCGUUGUGUUUUGUUAACAAACUGCAGUAUUACAUACCUGUAAGACAUGCCAUAAUAAAAACACGUUUGUUUUCAGAUGUCUAA